CGCAAAUCAAGUUGCAGUUUCCUGUUGUGUGUGUGUGACGGAGUGUGUUUGGAAGAACAUGUCAGUGUAGCUCUGAGACCCUGGACAGAACACACACUCAUCUCAUCACAACUGCCAAUCAGACAAAGGGGAGGUGUCACCGAAGGUUAAAUAGAAAUAUUUUGGCCUGUAAGUGAACACAUCCGCUGCACGACUUUGAAGAGGAACGAUAAAGAAUUUUGCUCACAAGAUCACCCUCCAUCCUCUCUGGCUCUGCUCUGAGGACAAAAUGAUGUUGUGUUGGAUACUAAUAUCGCUGUUUGUUGGAUUUAUUAAAGCGCAAGAAGUAAUUUACGCACAGUUAGGAGGGACUGUUACCCUACCAAGAGAGAAGGUAGAAGGAAAUGCAGAUAGUGUUUAUGUGAACUGGUUCCGUGGGUCAGAUCCAAACCCAGCUAUCUCAAAGAAUCCUCAGAGCGGGAUCCAAAAGGAGAAAGAAAUUAAGACACAUGCCCAUCUGCUGGAUGAUUUCUCUCUCCAAAUCUCACCAGUACAGGAUUUUGAUUUUGUAAUUUGGCGCUGUGAACAACAUGAAUUACAGAAAACUUCAAAAAAGACCUACAAACUGUACCAUGUCACUAUACCCAAAGUGUCGGCUGUGAUGGUUGGUGCCUUUCUGUCUCUGCAAUGUAAUGUGGACGAUAGUUCAGUUAUUCCCGAAGUAAAAUGGAUCGCACCUAAGAACUCAGAUUGUAAUCCAGGAAAAUAUGACAAAGUAAAAGAAACAGUUACCAUCACAAAUGUUGAUAGGUGUCAUAGUGGUGUUUGGACAUGCAAGUUGAAGUAUGGUGGAAAAGAAACCAAAGCAACAACAGCUGUUUUUGUAAUAGACCUCUCCCCUCCCAUUCCAGAUACCAUUUAUACCUCACCCUUGACCUCGUCCUCUACAGUGAAGAUUCCUUGUUCCUUGUAUUCUAAUAUUCCCUGGUUGGACUUGAAUGAAACUGGCCUCAGAGGUGGUAGCUGGAGCUUCACGCCUCUCAGCGACCCUCCAUCAACACAUCCUCUCCUCAACCUCAACAUUGGUCCGGUUGUCAGAUGGGACGUCGUAAAUGGCACAGAUGGUAUACCUACCAUCGAGGGAAGAGAGCUGAAGGACCAGGAUCUAUCGAUUCAUAAUCUGCGUGUAUCAGAGAAGAUCAGGGGGAAUUACACCUGUAGCCUGAAGUUCAAAAGCAAGAUCCUGAGCAGGACCGUCAAGGUGGAGGUUCUGAAGAUUUUAUCUUCUGAAGGUUCUCGAGUAUAUGAAGGGAAAAGUGUAAAUCUGACAUGCACAUUGGGACAUCAGCAGACUUCAGACUUUAAGGUGAAAUGGAAUUGCUCGUCUUGCUCCUUUGUUUCCAGUCUCGGGCCUUCUCAUCCAUUUACUCUGUUGAUCCCUGAACUGAAAGUGAAGGACAGUGGGAGAUGGACAUGUGAACUCUGGAAAGGCAAGAACAAGCUGACAUCUGCUGUGCUAUCAUUAAAGAUUGAGAAACCUCCAGUGAACAUCUGGCUUAUUGUUGCCAUAUGCGGUGGAGUCGUGGGCUUCAUCUUGCUCAUUGUGAUCAUCAUCAUGUGCAUUCGCAGACACAGACAGAUGAUGAUGUACAGACGACGCAAAACCAAAUUCUGCUGCUGCAAAAAUCCCCAGCAGAAUCAAAAGGGAUUCUACAAGACGUGAGGAUCCUCUGUGUUUUGUUUUUAUAAUCAUAAUUGUGUCAAAAACUCUCAUAGCCACUUUAUAUACUUGAACAUGCUUGAUCACAAGCUAUGUUAUAUGCAACUUAAACAAUAUGCUGUAUCUAUUUUGGUGUAUAUAACAUGGUAUCAUUUGUUUGGAGGAUAAAUGUGUUAACAGGAUCAAACUCAGUGGCUAUUGUAAUCUAAGCACAGUCAUUAUAUCUGUACAAUUUUUAUUACAAUUGGCCAAAGUGCUUUUUUUAUAUUGUUCUGAUAUUUUUAUCCACUCCUGCUUACUUACCUCCUUAUUUUUUGAAUGCUUUUUUGUGUUUGUAAAUUUACUUUUUUGUUUUUUUUGUAUAUCUUUCUAUAGAAAAAAGAAAACAACUAAAAAUAUUGAUAAUGUAAAAUAAAAAUACUCAAUGAAACAAAACUGUGUGAUCAUUCUCAAUCCAAAAUAUAAUUUAAACCCCUAAAACAAUGUCUGCAGUCUCAUCAUGUAACUACGUAAAAAUGCGUAUAUACAGAAUAAAUUGAUUUUUC